UUCGUCUGCGUUGGGACUUGGCAACUUGGCACGCUCCUCCGUCCUGGUGUGACCAGCCUCUCCUUCAUAACCCGAACUUAGUCCUCUAUUAGCAUCGGGGGCUGAGAAACACACGCUCGUGGAGAGCGAUUGACGCUAGUGUGGCUUCCUACUUCUCUUCUGUGAGAGCGAAAGAGAGAGCGUUGCUCAUAAAUGUGACUAAAGGCUUCCAAGCCAGGAUCGUCCUCGUGACAGCGGGUUGCCUUUAAGUACAUAAUGAUCUGGGUAUCUUCUCUAACUGACAUACCUGAAAAUCGAUGCCACUAACAUAUUCAAAAACGUCGGGUUAGUGAACUUCUGUGAAAUAUUCUUGCUCCGUCAUCAAAAGCACUGACAGAAAUAUGGAAACCUCACCUGAUCUAAAGACUCUCAAAGAAAUUCUACAUUCACACUAAAGUAUCAACAAACUUAGCUUAAAUAUAAACUGUCAUAGAAGUGGCGGGGACAUCAAAGUGUCAACAAAGAAUCAGUGGAGGAAGUCAACAAACAUCGGAAUCUUGAUCCAACACACGAAGGAAAAGGAAGAAUCCAAUGUGAACACAACGACUCGGAAAAACUUGAAGGCGAAAAUAAGGAGGUAGAGAAAUGUCAUCGAGGGAAGAGCAGAACAUGUUAUUAAAUUUCUCCAACCGUAAACUAGAAAGUAACCCUGAUAUUGUUCAACAGUUUAGAGGAAAAUACAACAAUCUUAAAUCUAAAUCAAUGUAUUUUUUCUAAAAGUGGUAUUCAAGACAUAAUACUUUUCAGUUAUGAAUUUACAGAUUAAGUGAACUCAAAAAUGAGGAAAAUAAAUUAAUCUCGAAAAGAAAACGUAGAAUAGAUUAUUUGUGUCAGCAAUGAAAGGAAACUUUCUUUUAACCUCUAGUAAACGAAAGAUCUAAAUGCUGCUCAGCAAAGAAAGAAUGCAUUGUGGAAAUGAAAUCAACGAAAUCAAGGGUCAAUUUUCACCAAAUUUAGUGUUGCAACCGUUACAUAGUUCACCGGCUGACAGCAUCUGCAAAUCAGUAAAGUCUAUUGACUUAACGAGGAAAUCACUUGAAUCGCUUAAAUGUAGUCGAGAGCACUGAACGUGGAUUUCAUGGACUUUAUAUAAAAUAAGUGCAAUUAUUUUUCUUAUAAUGAAAACUGAGUCUGAAAAUUUCAUUUCCAAAAAUGAUACAAAACUAAAUUGCCAUUAAGGACAACAUAAUGAUUCACCGGAACGUAUAUAAUUUCCUACCCUUUUAGGAUCCAAUAUGUAAACCAUUCCAACAACAGCACCUGAAGAAGUGAGAGCAACUACCGACAUCACAACGAAGGAUUUCUCCGAAACCCAAACACAUCGAUCCUCAGAACCACCUAUUUCUAGGACAGAAUAACUAUGAUUAUGAAAUUCCUUACCAUCCUACUCCUGCCAUUCUUUUGCGGUACACCCUUCGGGACACGAACGGUGCCAGUCAAGCUAACUUCCUUAGCCGAGGUCAAAAGAAAACAUUCAUUCUCUUGGGAUGACUAUGGUGGUAGUUUCAUUCUACACAGGAAUCCAAGAUCUCCCUAUGGGCACGUGAUGCUGUCCUACAGAAAGGAGGGUAUUCUUGCCCAAGACAAUAGUGAUGAAACAAUUCACAGGCGUCCAUCCCACAACGGCAAUCGUCACGAGAAAAGAAAUGCAAAAGGGGAGGAGCUCCCGGCUGGAAAGGAACACCCCGCCUUUGAAGAUUCCGCUGCUAACAAUACAAGCCUCUACGAUGGUGGCGAACCGGGUUUUUCUAAUAUCACGGGUCGUCUGCUCAAGACUUGUGACCCAGGGUUUUGGUUGUGUGGAGACCGUAGGAAAUGCAUUCCAGAAACUGAGAUUUGCUCAGGUAAAGAUGACUGUGAUGAUGCGUCAGAUGAAGCCAUUAGGAUCUGCGGUUGCUUGACGAAUGAGUUCUUAUGUGCGGCCGAGGAAAAGUGUAUCGACAUCCACAGGCGGUGUGAUGCCUAUGAAGAUUGCUUCGGCGGAGAAGAUGAAAAAGAAUGUGAAACGUACAAGUGCCCCGAAUCCCACCUGCAGUGCGACAACGGCACCUGCAUCUCUCUAGACCUGGCCUGCGACUUCGUCAACGACUGCGUGGACGGGAAGGAUGAACUAAACUGCCCUAUAUACAGUUGCUACGUAGGUGAUUUCACGUGUGAUAACCGCCAGUGUCUACAGCCAGGAAGGGUCUGCGACUCUGUUCCAGAUUGUGUUGAUGCCUCUGAUGAAAAAAACUGCAGUGAAAGUGACUUUGUAUCCUGUGGAACAGGAGAAAAAAUUCAUAGAGCAUUCUGGUGUGAUGAUGUGGUCCACUGCGAGGAUAACCAUGCUGACGAGAUCAUUUGCGGUGACGAAUGCAGUGCAACUCAAUACAGGUGCAGAAGUAACAGAUGCAUUUAUAAAGGGAACGUCUGCGACGCUCAAUGCGACUGUGUGGAUUGCGAUGACGAGGAAAACUGCGAUACCUACGAUAAUUCAACAGGUAUACCCAUCUGCCAUUUAGGCAAAGCAGUCACCUGUAUAAUACCUCAUCGGAGCCGAACGGAGGACCGUUGCGUUUCUGCCGAAUACAUCUGCGAUGGAAUCAAUCACUGUCGCAACGGCAAAUCUCUCUCGGACGAAUACCAGUGCAUGACUAACGGGAGCGAAUGUGACGGGUUCCUGUGCCGAGACUCUCGCUGUCUGGAUAAGGGGCUGAAUGCAAGGUGUGACUUCAGGCCAGACUGCCUCCAUGGCGAGGACGAGCUGAAUUGUGACUUUGAGGAAUGUUCGGAGAACCAGUGGCGGUGUGACGGAGGCCAGUGCGUCAGCUUGGCUGACAGAUGCGACAUGAAGAUUGACUGCCGAGACAAAUCGGACGAAAUCAACUGCAACAUGAGCUGCUCAGUGGACCAAUGGAAGUGCGGCAGCGGCCAGUGCAUCCCAAAGGAAUUCCGCUGCGAUCAUUUCGUAGACUGCCUCGAUAAAUCGGACGAACGGAAUUGCGAUCAUCCUCCGGCCGCGUGCAAUACGACUCAGUUUGCUUGCAAGACCAUUCCACAGUGCGUCCCCUUUGAACAUCGUUGCGUCGAUGUGACGGACGUUCGGAACCACGGCUGCGCAGAUGGAUCCCACAUCUGGGGAUGCGAGGAUGAGCAAUGUUCUCCGCAGAGUGACCUCUUAAAAUGCCAUCGCGGUCCUUGCGUGCCCCUGUAUGUGCAAUGCAAUUCGAAGUUUGACUGCCUUCAGUCAGCAACAGACGAAGAAAAUUGUACUUUUGCGUGUGAUAGUGACUUCAUUUGCUCAUGCUUUCACCUAACAGCAAAUUGUUCCAGUCUUAAGCUAACCAAAUUCCCAGACAUCGAAAAGAACAUCAACAUAUAUAUCUUAGCAAACAAUUCUCUUUACAAGACUCUUCAUAAGGAGCCCGUUGUGAACCGACCUCAGAUAAUUCACUUAGAUCUCGCAAGAAACAAACUGAAGUUCUUGAGGAACGGCACAUUCAAACAUUUAUGGAGACUGAAGGAACUUAACCUCAAGGACAAUAAUCUAACAUACCUGAGGGAGGGGACGUUUACAGGCCUUCAUAAUCUCACCAAUUUGCAACUUACAGGAAACCAGAUACACUCGUUGGGCCCAUUUGCUUUCUCCGGCCUCCUUACCAUCUUAAACUUGGAUCUUAGUCAUCAAAGGCUGACUCACAUCGCCCCCAAAGCUUUCCAUGGCCUCAAGAAUCUCAAAGCUUUGUUCUUACAAAACAACAACAUUACAACUAUCGACGAAAAGACAUUCUUUGGAUUGCACAACCUGAAAAAGUUGAACCUGAAAGAAAAUCCUCUAAGCAACGUAAGCAAAGAUACCUUUGCUGUUCUUCCAAAUCUGAACACACUUAUCACAGACGAGUGGCAUUGGUGCUGUCUCGCCCCACAGGUGGAGACCUGCUUACCCAGAGGGGAUCAGUUUUCUUCCUGCGAAGACCUCAUGUCUAACAUCGUUCUUCGAGUCUUCAUCUGGAUCCUGGGGCUGACUGCCUUCGUUGGCAAUUCCUUCGUCAUCCUGUGGAGGAUCCUCUAUUCAAGUGGGAAUAAGAUGCACUCCUUCCUGAUAGUGAACCUAGGUAUUGGGGACCUCCUGAUGGGGGUCUACCUCCUCAUUGUGGCUGCGGUCGACUUAAAUUUUCGGGGCAACUACGCGGUGCACGCGAAGGAGUGGCGGUCGUCGACCCUGUGCCAAAUAGCAGGCUUUAUCAGCACCUUCUCGUCCGAGCUGUCUGUUUUCACCUUGACAGUGAUCACGGUCGACCGCCUUAUGGUUAUCAGGUAUCCGUUCGGACUUCGUGGACUAAGCAGGGGGCUUAUCCCACUGGUAAUGGCGGGCGUCUGGCUGGCUGUAGCAUUCUUCUCUGCUUUGCCACUGGCUCCCAUACCCUAUUUCAACAACUUCUAUGGAAGGUCCGGCGUCUGUCUGGCAUUGCACAUCACAAAUGAGAAGCCUAGUGGAUGGGAAUACUCAGUCUUUAUAUUCUUAGUUAUAAACAUGAUCAACUUCGCCGUGAUUGCAGUCAGCUACGGUCUUAUGUUUUCAAUGGCUCAGCAAACUCGUUUGGCCGUCCGCAAGAGACCCGACACACAAGGGGAAGGCACAAUGGCCACAAGGAUGACCCUCAUUGUAGCUACGGACGCCGCCUGUUGGCUUCCCAUUAUCUUCCUGGGGAUCAUCUCUCUCUGCGGCGUGUCAGUCCCUCCGAAGGUGUUCUCGUGGAUAGCAGUGUUUGUCCUUCCAGUGAAUUCUGCAGUUAAUCCUGUUCUCUACACGUUGUCUACUGCACCUGUUAGGACUCGUAUGCGUACCGUGAAAGAUUUCGUUUCUUUCAGAGGUAGUCAAACUUCCUCUACCUCAAGAGGGAGUCGAACGAUGUCGACGUCACUCAAAAACCGGAUGAUCACCGAUGCUUCAGAGGUUCCGAAUUUGGCUGAAACGGAGGUCCGUUUGAUUAAGUCCAGACCGUCGGUUCGCGUGUACACACCUGUGCGCCAGGAGACACCCUUGGAAUCGGGGGGCGGCCCUGACAUCUCCAACAACAGCAACUGGAACAGCAAAGCUGCGCUGAGGACGGCGGAAUCUAACGGAAAGAGAGAGAACCAUUCCGUUCCCGAAAAUGAGGAAUCUGCCGAGGAGUCGGAGACUUCGGAGCCCCGAGUUAAAAACCGCUCCGUUGGCGUCGACCACGACAUUUCGGAAGUGAUUCCCUUAAAGGAUUUAAAUAAACCUCUUCCAGUUCAUAGGAUAAACUACAGAAAAUUUAAGAGCAGGAAAAGUGUUACAGGUCACCUUUACGAUUAAUACCUAUCUAUAUAUCUACCAUGGAAAGUGAAAGUCCACGAGGAAAGUGAAACAACAAAUUGCGAGACCUCCUGCGUUUAACUUAAGCCUUUUCAAGCAAAUUUCAUAUAAUGGAACAAACGAUUAUAAAUAAGGCUCAGUUUCACAAACAACUUAUAAAACUAAAGGCGUUAUAUAACCACUUCAACACAUACUAAAGCCAUUACUUUUAGGUUGGUCGUCAGGAGAGGGUAAACCCGGGUAUUUGGAUACUAUAUAAUGAGGCAAAGGACAUCAACCAUAACAGAGACUCUUUCGUUUCUUUUCUAAACCUCCUCCGACCACCUUGUGC